AUGCCUCGUUUACCAGAUGACCAGAUCCAAGAGGCCCAGGGUGCUUUCGACGCCUUUGUCACGCGAGAGACUGGUCAUCCUAGUGAUCACGCCGCGCUCCUCCGUUUCUUGCAGCAACAGGUGCCCAUGAGUACGAAUAUUAAGGAAGUUCGCGACCCCAUCCCUGACCAAAUCAAGCGUAUCCAGCUUAUAUACGACACAAAAGAGAAUCUUCAAAAGAGCUUUGGAGACGAUUUUAUCGGAAUCCUCCUGUUUGGGGAUGAUCUCAUCCAAGGGAAUGACUACACUAUAAGCGAGCGCCUGACACUUCUUGAACCAUUUCUUGCGAGAUUUCUCCAGAAAAGUACCGUCAUACCCUCCAAUCUCAACUUGUCAACAAGCCCUCACGAGCCUGGAGCGAAGGAAGUCAAUCGAAACAAAAGUGAAAGUAACAAGGCCCUAGAGCGCGACGGGAAACGAUGCCUCGUUACCGGCGCGAUCAAACCUGAUGUUUGUCACAUCAUCGCUUUCAGAUUAAACAGCAACCCCGUGACGGAGCCCCAGUCUCGGCAUAUCUUUGCACGAAUUCUAGUGCACAUCCUACCUGCGCAAGACGGGAAGAACCUCAUGAGGCUACUUUUUCCCACGCACCAGGGCAAACAGGUUCCCGGGGCUUGGGACAAAAUAUGGAACUUGUUGACCCUAUCUCCCCAAGUUCAUCGGUAUAGGAGCAGUUGCUACUUCGCAUUCAAGUGGGUGGGGGUCUUGAAUCCCGACCUCAACGCGAAGACACAAACUGUGCAACUGGAGUUUCGAUGGAUGCCCAGGAGCAUUGCUACUGCCUUAGGUGAUGAAGGGCUCGGCAAGGCCAGACCCCAACACCCCCGCAAGGGUGACGCCUUUCGUCCGGUGAACACUGACACAAUGACACCCGAAAGGAUGUCUGAGAUCAUCAGGGAUUGCAUGGAUAGCUCAUCCCUCACAUCAACCGUUCAGCCAAAGUACCAGCAGCCGACAGGAGAGUACCCAACCCUCGUUGAUCAUGAGUCCUUCCUCCCCAUCAAAUCGGGCUACAUUAUCAACGUGAAGGAGGUCAUCAACGAGGAUAUUCCCAAGAUGAAGCUGGCAAUCGAUUUGCAGUACGUGGCUAUUCGGCUUGGCGGGAUGUCUGGUGCUGCCGACGCCAUUGACUCUCUGGAUCCACAACUACCCCCUAGAUACAUGAUCCGGUACAACUCUGAGAUUGACAGUGUGUCAUAUGAGUUGUAUACCCCGUUCCCGAAGUUGAGAGUGCUAGGUGACGAGGAAGGGGAGGAGGGAGGCGUUGACCUUAUUCAAGCUGGCGGAGAACCAGACCAGAAAAAACAAGGCUAG